AUGCCCUGUCCUAUUACCUGGUCAUCGGCCCUGACCGACACUGGGAAACUUCCCCCAGAUGUGGGCGGCUGUGACAAGAUAAGGCCCCUUUGGCGGCACUACUUCCAGAAUACUCAUGGCGUCGUAGCGUUCGUUGAUUCCAACGACCGUGACCGUUUAGAUGAGGUGUCAGGAAUGCCGCACGAGGUUCGCAAGGAGGUUUUGGCGCUAAUGGAUGCCCCCGAGCUGCGAGACGCCUUCUGCCUGGUCAUUGCCAACAAGCAGGACCUGCCUUGCGCCAUGCCACCCCGCGAGGUUUCGGAGAAGCUGCAGCUGCCUCGGGCCAUGGGUUCCCGGCUAUGGACCUGUCUACCGGGCCAGCUGGGCAGCAUGCAGCUCACCAACGCCCACUUUGAUUGGCUGGCUUCCGCCCUACGGCACACCCUGGAGCAGAAGAGAUUCCCGACCACCAGCAUCAACAACCAGCAGCAGCAAGAGCAGGAGCCAGGCCUCGGCGACAACAGCGGCGGCGAUGCAGUAGCGGCAGCUGCCCCACCAGCCGGUGUCGCCGCUGAGCAUUCUGUUACUGCUGCUACCUCCUCGUCUGGUCCUGGCCCUGGCAAUGGGGGGCCCAACGGUGGUGGUGGUGAGCUGGAUGUGCUGGAGCGGUGGCUGAGCGCGGAGGACGAGCCGGAUGAGGAGUUCCUCAUGAAGCUGGAGAACUACAGCCUGGACUGCUGGGACCACCGGACGCACCUGCGGCUGGCGUGGCUGUACCUCACCCGGUUGGGCAGGCGGGAGGGCCUGGCGCGCAUCCACGCCUCCAUCCGCGCCUUCAUCCAGCACAGCCCCCUCACUGCGCGCCGCAGCGGGACCACCUACCACGAGACAAUGACGUACUUCUGGGCGCACAUGGUGCACUUCGCAAUUGCCAGCCAGAAGGUGCCGGCGGGUGCAUCGCCCGACUUCCGGGUGUUCCUCCUGAUGAACCCGCAGCUCACAAAUGGCGGCCUGUUCCUGCAUUACUACAGCAAGCAGCUUAUGUUGCAGUCACCCGAGUCCCGAAUCCGUGUGGUGCUGCCUGACAAGCGGCCGCUUCCCAGCAUCAUCACUGACCUCUCCACGCUGCGGCGGGGGACGACAACAUCGGCGGCAUCCCAAGCGCCCGGUCCUCUCACCGACGCUGAGUUCCUGGACCGCUUCCUGGGCCGCAGUCUCGACCGCUGGAACCACGAGUGCCUGCUGCGCGCCGUGUACUGCUGCCUGAAGCGCCAUGGUCGCCGACGGGGGGGUGACGUGGCGCUUGAUGGCCUGCGCGCACUACAAGGACCCGACUUCCACCUCACCAUUUGCUACUUCUGGCUGUGCCUCCUCACACACACGCUGGCGAGUGAGUACCACGCCGCCUUGUUCACGGAUCGACCUGCAAAGGCGGCGGAAGGCACGGCGGUGGAAACGAACAGCGGUAUUGCCAGUGGCGGUGUAGUGGCAAAGGCCCUGCCCGAAUGGCCAGAACUGCUGGGUCAGAGCGGCUACACGGCCGUCCGGUUAAAGGAGCUGGUCGCCGAUGAGCGGCGCUACCUGCAUUAUUACUCCAACAAAGUGGUGUUCUUGGCCGCUGCGGCGACAACGUUUGUGCCGCCGGACAAGCGGCCUCUGCCGUCUACGACCUGA